CAGUUGGUAAUUCGUCGUGGAAACACCUGAUCGUGCGAUCACCUCUUUUUCCCAUCGCACGAUCAUUCUUUUUUUUUUUUUUUGAAAAAUAUUUGUUGAAGAAAAGUGAAGUUUUAUUAGUGGAGCCAUCGAAAGUGUAAUCUUUUUUUUUUUUUGAAGAUUGAGUGGAUCGUUUGGAGUGUUGUUCAUCUUUUAUGAAAAUGUUGGAAAGUGUUGAAUAUUUCUUUUUUUAAAUGAUCGGUGAUAUGAAAAUUAAUUUGUACAUUCGUCUCAAUUUUUAUUUAUAUGGAUUUGAUGACUAAAAGCAUGAUGCGAUAGUGCUUUCUACAAUUUCCUGGAAAACCACCAUAUAUGAAGAUGUAUUGUGAACAAUUAGUGCAUAUAAUAGUAAUUGAAUAAAAAAAAAACUCUUACGUGCAAUUUGCAAUUCAACAAAUUCAGUGCAAGAUCGCGUAUAGAAAAAAAAGUGAAAAAGUGAUUUUUCCACCAAGAAAAAAAAUACACCGCAUAAAAGGAACUUUUGGGAGAAGAAUCAAUUUGGAGUUGGUUGAUUUUUAGGAAGUGUGACACGAUUACAAGAAAAAAAAAGCCAAAUCAUGGCUCUGGCGAAUUUUUCUCUUCCUUUUGGUGCUGUCAAUCAACCGUGGGUGGGAAAUUUAAACCCACUGCAACCGCCACCACAACACAUUUCGGCAGUGAAUAAUUUGCUGUAUGGACCAGCAGGGCAUCAGGAGAAUGAUGUUCCAAUUCCGGACAAUGAGGCUGAACAGGAGGCCUUCUUCAAAAACAGCCCCUAUGCACCACCGCGAAAUUCUCAAUAUCGUCAACGGAACAACUAUCUACCACCACCGCCCAGUCCCCAACCGCCCGUGGGCCAAAAUGCAUACUCCACACCCACCCACACGCCCAGGAACUACCAGCCGUCAUCGAGGACGUACGGUGAGGGGCUCUACUCUAUGCCAUCGUCACCAUCGACCAGCAGCAACACGCAAUUCUUCAACAAUGCAAAUCCACAGAAUAACUACAACAACGGUCAACCAUACUCAGCACCACCCACGCAACCACCGAGUGGAGCGCGAAAUGUGCCACAGCAGACACAGAAGACCCACCAGCAGCCAUCCGGUGGGUAUCCACAGAGACCGCCCGGAUAUACAAAGGUAAAUGCCGGAACGGGAUCCCGCACGCAAGUUCACGCGGUGCUAGAUUACGAUGAAGAAGAGUCCGAUGACUUCUACAGUGAUCACGAUGAGAGCAGUCCAGACUCUCGACGUAAGCCACAACAGGUGCCAGGUGGAAAAAUGCCAACUGUGACACCAAUUCAAGGGCCAAUUUUUAUUAAAAAUGGUUCUGUUCCUGUUGUUCCUCUUUUCUCAUAUCCAACUGUGAAUAAUGGUUCUUUGGUUCAAAUUCCGAUUUUAUGGACUGCGCUUUCAGUGGCACUUGGCAUUGAUAUCCGUGGGGAAAUUAUCAGAGGUAUCCCAUGCAUCAAGAGGAAUUACCAACUGUUUUGUCCCUCGGCUGGCAAUACAUAUCCAUCGGAACGCAUUGAAACUUUCAUCGAUGAGAAUAAGGCUCUAAUGCGGCGGAUGUAUGGGGAUUUUCAAAUGUCCUCAGAAUACGGUCCGCCGUUGCAGCGGCUUAGGAAGAAAAAACGGAGUGCUGACAGUGAGUCUGGGAUUGAUGAGGAUGACUGGGAAUGGGGUGAGAUGCCAGGUGUACCCGACAUGAUAGGCCCACCCGGUUCUGGACCUGAUCCCAUUCGUGAUGCUGGCCCAAGUGGUGAUUCAUAUUUCACCAAGUGGCGCAGCAAAAGACAGAGUCAGCGUCAAGGCAAUGCCAAUGUCGGAGGAAACCGAAGCACCGUGAAUGCCGGUAACCAAAGAAUUACCAAUCCUGGACCAACUAAUGCAAAUGACAGCAGUGGACGUCUCGAUGUCUGCGAAUCAAAAGUAGAGAUAGUAGCACCCUACUGGGCUUCAAAUUCAGCCGGAAAAAUUCGUGCCAUUGUAAAUACACAGCAUUUUGAACAAGCUAUUCAUCAAGAAGUCUGCACGAAACCACAAACAACUCGUUGCGGCGGAGACUGUGGAUGUGAGCAAAAGUACAAAUGGCACAGAUUACUGGCCUAUGAUCCAGACAAUGAUUGCAAAGGGAUCUUCAUGGAUUGGUUCCUAUUCCCAUCAUGUUGUGUUUGCCGUUGCAAUCCCUAGUUCAAUCCAAUUCCAUCCACUUUUUUUCUUUAACCUCAUCUGACGAAAGUUUUACUAUGUGUAAUGCGCUAUGUAUUCAAUGUAGAAUUAAUUUCUUUUUUUUUAUUUUUUACUCUUCUGUCUUCUAUGUCACUAUGUAAUUUACUUAGUACUUAACUGACUCUUUGUUGCUUUUUUUUAAAUUUAUUAUAUAUAUUUUUUUUACUUCUUUUCAAUUACCCUUUACGAACAAUGAACGACAAAAUGCAUAUAUUGUAAUUUUAAAAUGUGUAUAAGUAAAAGAAUAUUGAAGUAAUUGUAAGGAAAAUUCAUAAUGGAAUUAGACAAUUACAAUUAUGAAGAUUGUUAUCAAAAGUAACAUGAUAAUAUUUAUUAUCACACCUCUCAUUUUAUCAUCACAUGUAUACUGUGUAGAAUACGAGUUUAGUAUAUGUUUAUUAGACGUAAGUUAGACGAUUUUGAAAGUGUCUUUAAAUAGAGAUUUACAUCUUACGAUUUAUAAUGGCUAUAAGUUGAUACCAUGUAGAAGUUAUUUAUAAGAUAUGUAGACAUUUUUGCGGAAAUAUUAAAAAAAAACACAAAAACUUUCAAAUAAUGUGUAAAUAUCGUUAUAGUCAAAAAUGACACUCUUACUUUAAAAGAUGAUCGAAUGACUCAAAAUGUACCGAUCAGAUUUUAAAUUAAAAUUUUUUAAAAUAGAAAUUGGUUGCUCUGAAUCGCCUAGAGUUAGAUUGUGUACGUUAGAGCGCGCCAAUUCAUUCUGAUUCACUUUUCUUAUGACAUCAUAAAGUGAUUUUAACAUGAUAUGUUACUUUUGUUCUAUUAAGACUUGAAUAUCUAUGAAUAUCAAUAAACAUAUGAUUAUUGUGGCUAAUGUAAGCAGCUAUAAUUCCA